AUGGUUGUGGAAAUGGUGGACUAUCCACUUUGUCGUUCAACUUUGGAUGCUUCCUGUCAAUUGCAAAAUGAGGUGACGGACAGCGCGUACCUGGGCUCGGAGAGCACGUACAGCGAGUGCGAAACGUUCACCGAUGAAGACACCGGGGCGUGUGUGGCUCCGGAGAUGCACGAGGACGUGGAGACGGACAGCGGCAUCGAGGCCACGCUGCACGACCCCAAGGACCGAAGUAACCGCGCUUUGACGCCCGCUGCUCCGAGGCUCCAGCGCCAGGACAGCACGGGGCGGCUCAGGAUGCGCUCUCUGUCCUCACCCUCCAUCUGUGUGAGGCAGCUGCACAGGAGGCCCAGCAAACACAAGAGGAGCAAGGGGUUUUCCCUGAACGCAGAGCUGCACAACCACUCGUCGUCCCUGGUGACGGUGAUCGGGGGAGAGGAGGAGCACUUUGAGGACUUUGGAGAAAGCAACACGUCAGAGCUGCGCCUCGAGACCAGCGCGACGCAGGACGAGGCCGACGCCAACACUGCCCUCACCAACACGCCGGAGCAGCUCAAUGGCUCCGCACUGCUCUCUCCCAGUGGACCAGCCCCUCUCCCAGACUCCUUUCAGAGCUUUCUCAGGGAGGAGGCUCUGGACUUUUUCUGUAGCCAGUGUCACAAACAAAUCAGUCGCCUCGAGGAUCUCUCCACACGCCUCAAUUUCCUGGAGAUGACGAGCGCUGGCAAGAGGCUGUCCAGUAAAAAAGUGGCAAGACAUCUGCUCCAGAACAGCUCCAUGACUCUGGACACAGUGAGCGACCUCACGCGGGACAUUUUAGAGCUGGCCGACAAUGACAUCACUGAUAAGGUGCUGUUGCUGGAGCGGCGUGUGGCGGAGCUGGAGAAGGAGUCGGAAGCUUCCGGAGAGCAGCACACACGUCUGCGGCACGAGAACCUGCAGCUGGUCCACCGCGCCAACGCCUUCGAGGAGCAGCUGAAGGAGCAGGAGGUGUUCUCUGACGAGCAGCUGCAGCAGGAGACGCGGCGGCACAAGGACGCCAUCAGCAAACUGGAACGAGAGCGAGGCCUGGAGCUGGAGAACCUACAGGCCAGGUAUCAACAGUUGGACGAGGAGAACAGCGAGCUAAAGUCCUGUAUCCCGUGUUUACGAGCCAACAUCGAGAGACUAGAAGAGGAGAAGAAAAAAUUGCAAGACGAGACCGAGGCCUUGUCGGACCGGCUGGAGGACGAGAUGGAGAACAGACGGAAACUGGCCAAUAAGCUGAGCCACGAGCGCCACACCAACCAGAAGGACAAGGAGAACACGCAGGAGCUGAUUGAAGACCUGCGAAAACAACUCGAACACUUACAGUUGUACAAGUUGGAGGUGGAGACCAAGCGAGGACGCACACCGGGCGCCGGCCUGCAGGAGUACCAGACCAGGACCAGGGAGGCGGAGCUGGAGCACGAGAUCAAAAGGCUCAAACAGGACAAUCGCAGCUUGAAGGAGCAGAACGACGAGCUGAACGGGCAGAUCAUCAACCUGAGCAUCCAGGGGGCCAAGAGCCUCAUGUCAGAGUCCUUCUCCGACUCUCUGGCAGCCGAGAUCAGCUCCGUGUCCCGAGCCGAGCUGAUGGAGACGGUCCACAAACAAGAAGAAAUCAACUACAGACUACAGGACUACAUCGACAAAAUCAUCGUGGCCAUCAUGGAGUGCAACCCCUCUAUUCUGGAAGUCAAAUAG